CCCCUCCCAGUGGGUUCAAUGCGGACCCUCCGGUUCAUUCGUGCGGAUGUCCGUUUGCUUCCCCUGCCCAGACUUCGGUCAGCCCCGGCCCCGGGCCUUUGAGUGGUUUCAACCUAGGGGACCCGGCACUGUGGCGCCACAGCAUCCGCCCUGCGCCUGCACCCAGCGCCUCCGUCUUCUCCCGGCGGGUGCUGCUCCACCUCGUCCCAUGUCCCAGGUGCAUACUCCUUGAGCAAGGUCUCAGGAAGAUGGCAACCUCAGAGGCUGUUGAGGAGGCCACUCCUGUCUUGUCACCCAGCAGUCUCUCGUCACCAGGGACACCUGGAGACCAGCCCCAUGUGGCACAGCUGCCCCUCCGUGGGCAUCCUCACGGCUCCCCCUGUUCCAGUCCUGAGGGGCCUUCCCAGGCAGCAGACCCGGACCUCCAAGACACAGAGGAAGUGGAGGUCAGCGGAUACACCUCGCGUGACUCUGAGUGGGAGCCUAAGAAGACUCCAGCCUCUCUCGAUUCCCACAGCCCUGGAGAUGGGCUGGCCGCAGAUGGAAGGGCACUGAGGGGCCUCCUGAAGAGUCUUCCCAGCGUGUCGAAGUGUGGGGACAGCCCUGGCCAGGAAUGCCCCCUGGAGCAGCCAGCAGCAGCCCUGCCUCCAGGGACCCCGCCCUGCCCUCAGAAAAGGGAUGCUUGGCGCGUGGUGCUCUUCCCACCGGGAGCCCAAGGGGCUGAGGACAGCACCAAGAAGGCUGCCGAGCUGGACAGGAGUUUGGGUCGCCCUCCCCGGGCCACCAAGCCUCACCGCUGCGAGGCCUGUGGGAAGAGCUUCCAGUACAAGUCUCUGCUGCUGAAGCACCAGCGCAUCCACACCGGGGAGAAGCCUUACGCCUGCCAGGCGUGCGCCAAGCGCUUCGGGAGCUGGUGGGGCUUCAUGCAGCACCAGCGCAUCCACACGGGCGAGAAGCCCUUCGAGUGCGGCCAGUGCGGCCAGGCCUUCAGCCACAGCUCCCACUUCACGCAGCACCUGCGCACCCACAACGGCGAGAAGCCCUACAAGUGCGACGAGUGCGGCCACGCCUUCAGCCAGAGCUCCAACCUGGUGCGCCACCAGCGGCUGCACACCGGCGAGAGGCCCUACGUCUGCAGCCAGUGCGGCAAGGCCUUCAUCUGGAGCUCCGUGCUCAUCGAACACCAGCGCAUCCACACGGGCGAGAAGCCCUACGAGUGCGGAGACUGCGGCAAGGCCUUCCGGGGCCGGUCACACUUCUGCCGGCACCUGCGGACUCACACCGGCGAGAAGCCCUUCGCCUGCGGCGCCUGCGGCAAGGCCUUUGGCCAGAGCUCCCAGCUCAUCCAGCACCAGCGGACGCACUCCCGCGAGUAGCUGCACACCCCAGUAAAGUCUGUCUGUGGGCAAGCCUGCGCCUCUUGGGUGAGGUGGCGGGACGAGUCCUGUGUCCAAGUAGGAUGGCUAAAGAAACUCUUGUUUUCAGCUAGGCAUCCGUCUUGAUACCCACUAGCCAUUUGUCUCUGACUCCAGUCCCGGGAAGAUAAGUUUCCAAUAACCCUGACUCAGUGACUCCACCCAGAAAUGUACAGCCAUGACCAUCUACUUGUUAUGAUAUGAUUUUGUUGGCUUCUGUAACCUGCUUAUGCAGACAUUCAAGGACUAUUUUGAGUUCUCCUUGGCUGCCCAAUCUUGGCAGAGCAGAACAGCUCCUGGCUUGCUUGUGCAGAUACUUAAGGUCUUCUUGUGGGUUUUGCUUUUAAGAAUCUUUCCCGCUCCCCCUUCACACAGCAGUCUCUAGUUUGGCUCAGAUUUUUGUCCUGCUAGCAGUUUCAAUAAAUUCAACUAAGUAUAAUCCGGAUUGAGUCUGUGGUCUUUUCCUGGGGGUCUUGAACUCCAUAACAUUUGGGGGCUCGUCCAGGGUCCCUGGAAGACCCCAGACUCAGGGCCAGGGGUUUCAGGAUAGGCUCUAAGCAGGGUGAGGCCUGGGAAAGCCUGAGACCAUGGCUGCCACAAAUUAGAGAGUCACUAGUUAGGAACAGGCCCUAGAUCGGGGCAAGCACAUUGUGGACUUGGAGGCCUAGGCUAAACCCAGACUGUGACUACUGUAAAUUUGUAAACAAAACAAGUAAAAAUUGCUGGCCAAUGCACUUUUGAAACCCAGACCAAUUAGUUCUGUUCUGGAAGUCCUGACAUCUGGGGAGAUAGAGAUCAGACAUGAUCAUAGACCCAGUCUCCAGGUACAGAGUAGGAGGCAUCCUCCUGUCUCCGGAUUUAGUAUUUAAGUGAAGAUGGCCACCAGAUGUCUGUCUGUCCGAUCUCCACUGACUGCUUGGACGUUCUGUUUUCUGGUGAGUUUCGCUGCAGACAUGGGGAACCAAACCUCGUGGCUGCUCGCCCUCCCCACAGGUUCUCACUUCUGGAGCUUCGUUUCCCAGCUCCCCUCAGGGGCUUGCUGUCUCUUGCUCAGCUUCCUCUGCCUCUAACCAUGGCUAACCACGCCUUUCCUCACCUCGCCCCAGGAGCUACCUGCUGUCUGUCCCUCUCGCUGGCUGGCUCACUGGAGCCCGCUCUUUAAAUUGCACAGGUACAAUCCAUGCCCUCCUGUUGGCCAUCCUUUCUCCCAGCUCUGCUCUGAAGGGUCUCUUUCCAGUAGCCCACACCCAGAAUCUCUGAGCCGACUUUGAUCUCUGCGCGCUUUGGUCACUGGAUUCGAUUUUGCAGGAAUUCAGGUGUCUUUGGGGUAUGGAUAAUAUUGUUUUAUGCUCUUCUACUUUAUUAAAAAGCUGGCUCUGGAGUUGGGUUAUGGCCCUCCUCUCCUGACCCAAGCAUGCCUGUUUAAAAGUUUCCUCUAAAAUCUGUCUUGGGUCAGACAGGUCUCCUGCCUCUGACAGCCCAGGAGACACUCAGUGCCUCAAAACAGCUAAAGUGACGAUUCCAAUAGGAAUUGCUGCUGUUUAUCUCACACUCCUUUCCUUGGUUUUACUUAACUCUCUCCAAAUUUUGCUAAAAUAUAAAUUAACUCAAGAUUUGUAAGACUAUUAUAUCAACUUUCUGUGCCCUAAGGUUUGUAAGUGUAUUGGGUAUGGUUAAACAUCUGUAAAGAAAACAAAAGCAACCUGAUGUCAACA